UUGUCUUUUUUCACAAAGUUGCGAAUCUUGACAGAAAUUCGCUGAAGAUUUUUACUGCAGAGACCAAACUUUCGAAUUCACCCCACUACCGACUAUUUCAAAUCCGCGCACGCGUUCAAAAGUCGGAGAAUAUUCAGUAAUCAGUACGCAGAACACCCAGAGUGGGGCUAAAGCCGAAAACACCCGAGUUACAGUCGGGUGCUGAAAAAUUUCCGAUGAUUCCCGACGAUUUAUUCCCUGGUUUCUCUGGAAUGUUUUGAAAAACAUUCGGAAUAUUGAUAAAUAUUUAUCCAGCUGAUUACCAAAAGUCGCACCUUUUUUUUUUCCAUAGACAAUGUCCCCCAUGUUCUACUUUAUCCAAAACAAAAUGGCCGCUUCUUACCCUCCAUUAGCUUACGUCUGAACAAGUAAUUAAAUGUAUUGUCAUUAAAAGUAUGAAUGAUUUUUACAGAAGUGAAAGUAAAAAAAACUCAAUGUCAUCACCAAAAAUUUCCACUGCCAGUUCUAGGCCACGAUUUCGUAGACAAGCGUCGGCUCUAUUUGAUGCGUAUUCAUAAAAAAAAAAAUUACGUGCGUUGUAGUAAGACGUAAUUUCCGUUGAACACAAAAUUUUUUUUUUCGAGUUUCAAAUUUCAAAUAUUUUUGAAAACGUUAAUUAUUAAUUGCCACGAUGAUUUUUAAUAAUUACUUAAUAUUUACAAUAUUAUUUAUUGCGACCGCUGUGAGAUCCGCGGAAUUAGAAUUUACUGAUCUCAGUAGCAUAGAAAAAUUCGUAGCGAAUAUUAUAAAAUUUAAGGACAGUCAUAAAGUGGACAGUUACAGUCUAAGUGAAGUUGAAAAAAAUAAGAUUACAAAGAAAACAUUCAACGAGUCGGUGAAUCUCAUGAAUAAAAUGCAUGACAAACAUAGAAGUAGAACUGGCCGGGCUCAUUCUGUGUAUUUGACGCAUUUUAUCGACCAAUUGGACAAACAUAAGCCACGGGGUGAACAUUUAUACUGGGGACAUUUUUCACGUAUACUGGACACAAUAAAUCAUAAGAGUGAAGGCAUUUCUUCGUACGGUGACUUAUUAUCUUCUGUGGGUGAUUCUCUGAUGUUCGACGAUGACAUGAUCAAGUACUGCCGGAUACUUGAUCCUAUUACAAGCAGAUUGAUAUAUGAUGGGAGGACGAACAUAAUUCGAGAGUAUCAGACAUUUAUUGUAGAUCUUAGGGAAGUAAUGAAAGAUGAAGAUUCGCACAAUUUUUGUGGUAAAACAGGGUCAUUUAAUUCAGGUAUUUAUUCUUUAUAUCAGCAAGUUUUUAUGUCACGUGUACAAGAAUUUCUAAUGCUCCAUUAUUUGAACAAACUGAAUAAUCUGUGUCAAAAUUUCGAUCUAUUUGAUAUCUGGCUCCGGGAGGACGAUAAAAUAAUGGAUGAAUUAAAGGAAAUAAAACGAAUAACCAGAGAUUUGUUAACCGAGACGCGACAUUUUCUUCACACGUGUGAUUUCAAAAAACCUGCGUUUCAAUAUUAUUACGUAGAUGAUAGAGUGUCUCAUUAUGAAUUGAAGCGGAUGAUACAGACGAUAAUAAUUAAAGAAGAAGAUUUAACUACUACUGGGUCCUGUAGUCACAAUUGUAAUUUAGGUUACAUAGAGACUAUUAGUACUACAGAAUGUGAUGAAUAUUACGAAUGUCAGUAUAUUAGUAGCAGUUACGACAUAUGCGAAGCGAUGAGUGAUUCAAGACGUUAUUCGUGGUUUAAUGACAGCAAUGGAAUAGUUUAUGGUAACGGAACUGGAGGAUGUGAUUCCCCCUUGAAAUCAGUGUCCAGUGAACUGGCAUUCUUUAAAUUCCGUUACUGUGACUAUUGCAUGUGCACUUGUCUCAAAAAAACGAACGAUAAAGAAACGAUUUCUGCGAUUAGCUUCAGAGAACAAGUUACCGAUAUUAAUAAUAACAGAGCUGUUGUAGGUGUCAGAUUUGUUGAGAGUAAUCACAUGAUUCAUGUGCAAAUAAAAGAGAAACACAUGGAAAAACCUGGUUUUACGUCACCAGAUUCGUGGAAAGAAUUGGAAAAUUUUCAAUACAAUGAAACAGGCAAAAAUUUUUACAAUUCUGACAACACUGUACUUGAACCGGGAAUUGACUAUGGACAUCCUAAGAGUGUUAAUUUUGAUGACUUGAUUGCACCAAAAGGUUAUGUUAUAACUGGGGUGAGAUUACGAUUCGCGGUUGAUGGAGACAACAAGCCAGACUUAGAAGCUGCAGCUAUCGAACUGCACAUCCGCGUCACGCCUUUUGAUUACUUCACAGGAAAACUCAUUAAUCUGACCCAGACUCACUGGAUUAUUCCAGAAUAUACCUCGAGGAGGGAACUGAUCCUGACUGAUCCAGACAAUCCAUUGAAAUCACCAGUUAAUGUAAUUGAUUCAAAAAAAGAUCAGUUCAUAAGAUUCCGUAAUUCAGAUUUGAAAAAAGAUGCCGGACAAACAACAGUGCCGUUUUUUGAUGCGCAAGAUGUAGAGGGCGAAAAAUUGUAUCCUUUAGGUGGAAUGGGAAUAAUUCAUCGUGGCCAUGAGGGUUAUGGCGGAUUUUUGGCAUUCAAAAUUUAUGAUUUAAAUUUGGCUGACAAAUUAAAGGAUGAGUAACAUUAAAAUUAUACAAGAGAAAUAAUUAACCUAAAAAGUUGCUCCCGUUCCCGGGCAUUUCUAAACUGCGCAUGCGCAAAAAAUGUGGGAGAAUUUUCAGUACUCAGAAUAGCUAGAGUGGGAGUAAAAACCGAAAACACCCGAAGCAGAUUCUCGUGCUUGGAAAAUUUUUAGUAAAAAAAUAUUGUGCUUUUUUGUGAUCAUCGAUAAUAAAAAAAAUAAUUUCUUUACAUGUUUUUAAUUAAUUUAUUAAAACUAAUUAUGUUUAAUUACAAAUUGUAGACUA